AACGCCCCGGGGUUGCGCUGGACCAGAGUCGGCUCCACUGGUUACCAUGGACACGCAGGGACGCCUACCGCCUGCCAACACGAACGACCGUCGCGAUGCGCACGCGCGCAGGGAGGGCCCGGCUGACUACAUCUCCCAGGAAGCUCCGGGCCCCGCCUCUCCUCCCAGCCGGUGUGCAGGCGGCGCACCUCCGAAAAUCUCCGCCGGGGCUGCCGUGGAGACCGGGCCGAUGGCGGCUCAGCGAGGCCCGUGAUUGGUGCAGAGCAGCUAAUCCUCGGGAGGCGUGGGAGGCAUGCGCGGUUGGAAGGCAGCGCUGCCGUCGGUUCCCCCCGGAGAAGCUUGCGCACGUCGCCGGGGGCCCGACGCCUGGAGCAGAGGCGGGGAGCGCGUGAAGCGGCGGCCGGGGGGUGACCUGAUGGCAGGACUGAGGACGGGACAGCACAGCAUACAGUCGGCACUCAAUAAGCAUUCACUCCCUGUCAUUGCAGCAGCCUCAUCCCAUCCAUCCCCAGGGUGAGCAGUAGCCUCGUGGCCCGCGCCAUCUUUCCCAUGAGGCCGGCAGCACUGUGCUCCCCUGGGCACACAGCCCCAGAGGACGAGAGCCCCAUCGUGGUGAAGCUGGAGGAGGAGGAGGAGGCCACCCCCUGGGAUCCCGGCCCAGAGGCUGCGUGCUGGUGUUUCUGGCACUUCCGCUACGAGGAGGCAGCAGGGCCCGGAGAGGCCCUGGCCCUGCUCCGGAAGCUGUGCCGCCAGUGGCUGCGGCCGGAGGUGCACUCCAAGGAGCAGAUGCUGGAGCUGCUGGUGCUGGAGCAGUUCCUGGGCGCGCUGCCCCCCAAGAUCCAGGCCCGAGUGCGAGGGCAGCGGCCAGGCAGCCCUGAGGAGGCCGUGGCCCUGGUGGAGGGGCUGCGUCGGGAGCCAGAAGGACCCCGGAGAUGGGUCACAGUCCAGGUGCAGGGGCAGGAGGUGCUAUCAGAGAAGGUGGAGCCCUCCGACUUCCAGUCCCUCCCGCAAACCAAGCCUCAGACUACGGAACCUGGGCCUGAGACAGAGGUCACCACGCAGAGGUCGCCGCCGAGCCCUCAGGUGAAAAAGGAGCCUGAGGACCCAGCUGAGGACAGGCAAGAGUUUCUGGAUUCUGAGGCUCCGGUCAACCCGCAGGAGGCCGCUUCCACUCUCCUGCCUGAGGCCCAGGACUGUGGGAUGUUGCUGGACCAGGCCUCUCCCCACAACAAGACUGAGCCUGAGGGCUCCUCAUGGAGGGAACACCCGGGGGCCCUGUGGAACGAGGAAGCUGGGGGCAUCACCUCCCCAGGGUCUGCGCCCCAGAUGGACAGCGUCUCUGCCGGCCUGGGCACUGCGAGCCAACGCCAGUCACGCUCCCGACAAGGUGGCUCCUCGCAUGCGCUCGCGCUCCCCGAGGACCCGGGAGACGAGCACAAGGAUCGCCACGGGGGCACGGGCGGCAUCGUGCGAGGUGGCCGUUGCGACGUGUGUGGAAAGGUGUUCAGCCAACGCAACAACCUGGUGCGGCACCAGAAGAUCCACACGGGAGAGCGGCCGUUUGUGUGUAGCGAGUGUGGCCGCAGCUUCAGCCGCAGCUCGCACCUGCUGCGCCACCAGGUAACGCACACGGAGGAGUGGCACAUGGAGGAGCGGCCGUUCGUCUGCAGCCACUGCGGCCCUGGCCCCGGCAUCACCAUGUCCCUGUCUGACCUCCGGGACAAGGGCCUCAUUUGA